CUGGGACCUCCCGGUCCUUGCCUGCUUCCGCCUUCCGCUAACUUUCAUAGUCGCUCCUCUAAUUGCCCUCCGCUGUGCCCGCCUUCGUCCCCGGAAGUUUGGGUCCUCUGGCCAGCCACUGUUUGCCGCUUGUACGGGAACUAAAUAAAGUUCCUUUAUUCAAAAGCACUUUUUUUUUUUUAAAACUACAUCACCCCCAUUCUGAGCUCCUCCUUCGCCGCGGUCCCGCCUCUGUUCCUGUUGCGGUUGAACGCCGAGUUUUGCGGCCGGGAUCGCGGAUCGUGAUGGCUGGCGUCCCAGCAUCUCUUUCAGGACGGGACGUGGGGUCAUUUGCAUAUCUUACAGUUAAAGACAGAAUACCACAGAUCUUAACUAAGGUUAUUGAUACAUUGCAUCGACAUAAAAGUGAAUUUUUUGAGAAACAUGGAGAGGAAGGCGUGGAAGCUGAAAAAAAAGCUAUCUCUCUCCUUUCAAAAUUACGAAAUGAAUUGCAAACAGAUAAACCAAUUAUCCCCUUGGUUGAGAAAUUUGUUGAUACUGAUAUAUGGAAUCAGUACCUAGAAUACCAACAGAGUCUUAUAAAUGAAAGUGAUGGAAAAUCAAGAUGGUUCUACUCACCGUGGUUGUUCGUAGAAUGUUACAUGUAUCGUAGAAUUCAUGAAGCAAUUAUCCAGAGUCCACCAAUCAAUUACUUUGAUGUAUUUAAAGAAUCAAAAGAGCAAAAUUUCUAUGAGUCUCAGGAAUCUAUCAUUGCUCUAUGUAGUCACCUGCAACAAUUGAUAACAACUAUUGAAGACCUAGAUGAAAAUCAGCUGAAAGAUGAGUUUUUUAAACUUCUGCAGAUUUCGCUGUGGGGAAAUAAGUGUGAUCUGUCUCUCUCAGGUGGAGAAAGUCGUUCUCAGAAGACUGAUGUAGUCAAUUCAUUGGAAAACCUAAAACCUUUCAUUUUAGUGAAUGAUGUGGAACAUCUUUGGUCAUUGCUUAGGAACUGCAAGAAAACAAGAGAAAAAGCUUCUGUUAUUAGUGUGUAUAUUGUUCUCGAUAAUUCUGGGUUUGAGCUUGUUACAGAUUUAAUAUUAGCCAACUUCUUGUUGUCCUCUAAACUGGCUACUGAGGUUCAUUUUUAUGGAAAAAUGAUUCCAUGGUUUGUUUCUGAUACUACUAUACAUGAUUUUAAUUGGUUAAUUGAACAGGUAAAACAUGCUAAUCAUAAAUGGAUGUCCAAGUGUGGGGCUGACUGGGAAGACUAUAUUAAAAUGGGUAAAUGGGUUUACCACGAUCAUAUAUUUUGGACUCUGCCUCAUGAGUACUGUGCAAUGCCUCAGGUUGCUCCCGACUUAUAUGCUGAACUACAGAAGGCACAUUUAAUUUUAUUCAAGGGCGAUUUGAAUUACAGGAAGUUGACAGGUGACAGAAAAUGGGAGUUUUCUGUUCCAUUUCAUCAGGCUCUGAAUGGCUUCCAUCCUGCACCCCUCUGUGCCAUAAGAACAUUAAAAGCUGAAACUCAGGUUGGUCUGCAGCCUGGGCAAGGGGAGCAGCUUAUGGCCUCUGAGCCCAGCUGGUGGACCACUGGGAAAUACGGAAUAUUUCAGUACGAUGGUCCCCUUUGACUUGAUUUAGGAGCUCUCCGUUGUGUAGAAAGAUCUGCCAAAUACGCAAUCUCAGUUGUGUAUUUGUCAGAUCUUUUCAUCCCCAGAAAAGGAGCGUGUGAAUUCAGUCGCUUGGCAGCUCUGAUGUGCUCUGGGAAGCUUAGCUUCUUGGUGCCCAUCUACAUGCACUGGAUGAUUUUUGUUUUGCACAUUUUGCCCCACCACACUGUUUUGGGGGUAGAUGGGUUAAGCUAGUUACAGAUAUUUACAUUUAUAUUGGAAUUUUAGCAAC